AAUCUUCACUCUUUCCUCUAAUCAUAUCACGCCAAAUCGAGCUCCAAGUUAAUCGUAAAUCGGGCUGGCUGGAACCUCCGAUUAAUGGCUCCGCGGAAGAGGGCGAGCUCAGGAGGCAAGAAGCCGAACAAUCCAAAUCGCGAGCAGCAGCAAUCUGAACCGUCUAAAUUUGGUAUACAGCACUUCUUUGAGCGCCACUCCCAGACCCAAAUCCAGAAAAGAUGUGACGACCCCACAGCUGAUUCUGCCGCAAACAAAAACUCCCGGAUCGUAGGUAAGCCGAUUGCGGGUCGGUCUAAAGUGGGACCGGAGAAUCCUUGUGAUGCAGUUGAAUCGCGGACUGAAUGUGUAAGGGGUGUAAACACUAGAAUUAAUUCGGUAAAUGCGAAUGACUGUGUUUCUCGAAAUGAUACAAGCGGAGGCAAUGUGCCUGUGGAGGAUCAUAUUGGAGCUGUAGAUGUAAAUAAUGUGGAAAAGACGGAAAAUUUGUUGAAGGCUGAGAUAUCUAGUCGAUCGCCAGAUCCACGGCUGGAUAAUUUAUCGCCGGUGGUGAUUGAUGUUGAGGAUAAUCAACUGGAUGUGACACCAGAGACGUCCAAGUCUGUCUCGGUUAAGCGUUUCAAGUUUUCUCCUGGAAUGCUAAUCAAGCAGACCCAGGAUGACACGGUUGAUGAGGUGACAUGGAAAAUUUCUCCAGUAAAUGAGAGGCUGCAUGCUAUGUCUAAGCAUUUACAUGGGAGGAUAAGUGUGUUGGCAGAUUCCACUAGGUUUAACUCAAUGAAUUUUCAAGAAUGCUCACAGGAAAAGGUAAAAAUUUCUCCUAACAUGUCGGGGAAGCUUGAGAAGUGGCUUUCUUCACCUCCACUAAAGCCGCAUAGGAAAUCCAUAAUAUGCUCUGACGGGCUUGCGUCAAGAAAGGUCAACCAUGGUCUUAAUUUAAGCUGCCCUGGAAAUCAUAGAAAUUCGAAUUGCACUGAUAAAUCUGGAUUACGUGAUUCUCAGAGCCCAUUCACUACCCCACCCUCACUGUCUUGUUGCACCGGCAAGGCUGUUGAAGAAGUGGGUGACAAAGGGGUGCCCAACCAGUUGGGUUCAAGACAGCACAAAAAGGCUUUGAUUGAACUCUUAGAUCAAGUAGAGGAUGUAAUAUCUGUUGAAAGUUCAUCAUCUAAAGAUGCUCAAUCACACUUAGAUGUUGAGAGAUACAGCAAAGCUGAUGUUGUUGUACACCGCCCAACAACACAUUCAGAAGAAAAUAGAUCCACUACAUACUCAAAUUUCAGUUUUCUUGUAUUGGAGGUUUCAGAAAAGCGCGGACUUUCUGGAUCAUCUGGUGGUCCUCCAUCCGUUUUCAAGGUACUACGCUUAUUGAAUGAGCAAAAUGGAGCUGAACGGUCCUUGCAAUUGUGGGAUGCAUGGUAUGACAGUGUCGUGGCGCCUGGAGACACUGUUCAUGUUGUUGGUGAAUUCGAUUCCGAAGGGAAGUGUGACGUCAAUCGUGAGAAGAACUUUUUCAUCGUCCACCCAGAUAUCUUGGUAUCUGGAACUCGGGUUUCUGCUAGUUUCAGCUGCCCAAGGCGCACCGUCCUGGAUGAGAGGAUAAAAAGCACGGAGAAUUCAACAGCAGCAUUGAUUGGUACCUUAUUGCAUCAGAUCUAUCAGGCUGGCCUCAUCAGUGAAUCCCCCACGAAAGAAUCCUUAGAAGAAUAUGCCAGAACAGUGCUUCACAAAAGUCUUGAGAAUCUCUAUGCAUGUGGAGCGAAUGAAAAUGAUAUCUUCAAAACUAUGAUUGCAGCAAUCCCAAAAAUAUUGAAUUGGAUAUCCUCCUUUCGAGAUUCACAGGGUUCGAAAAGCCCAACUGUAGACUUCAAUAGUGAUGAAGGACUAAAGAAGGUCAAAAUUUGCGAGGUAAUCGACAUUGAAGAAAUGGUCUGGGGCCAAAGGUAUGGAUUGAAAGGAAUGAUUGAUGCUUCUCUCCGAGUUAGAACCAACACAAAUUCUGCAGAAGCUAAUGAAGUAAUUAUGCCUCUGGAGUUCAAAACUGGAAAGGGAACAAGUGGACAGGUAGCUAUAGAGCAUACUGCACAAGUGAUGCUAUAUACUCUCCUGAUGUCAGAGCGGUACAUGAUGAACAUUGAAUGUGGUCUUCUUUAUUAUCUUCAUACAGAUGAAACACGGGGAAUCUCGGUUAAAAGGUCUGACUUAAUGUGGCUCAUUAUGCGGCGCAAUGAACUUGCAAAUGAUCUGCUUAAGGCAUCAACAACUCAGCAAUUUCCACCUAUGCUACAAAAUCCAAAUGUUUGUAGAAGUUGCAGGCACCUGAAUGCCUGCAGUGUUUAUCACAAGGCAAAUGGAGGUACUGUUGAAGGAAGUGGACUAGGUGCCAUGUAUGAGUCGCUUGUGUCCCAUUUAACCUCAACACAUGCCAUUUUUCUCCAGAAAUGGGAAAGACUAAUUGAUCUGGAGGCUAAACAUGUGGAGAUUGCAAAGAAGGAGAGCUGGCUCUCUAGCAGUUCUAGGAAUGACCACCACCCCAUUUCUCUAUCAUCCUUGGUUCUUGAUAAUUCAGAUACAUCAUCAGAGAGAAAAAUGUCCAGGAGAAACCGAUUUGUUUACCGCUUUGUCUCUCCUGAACAACCAAAUCAUGAUCCAUUACGUGCCUCCUCUCCCUUAGAGCAUAUGUUUCGAAAUGGAGAUUAUGUGGUAUUAAGCACUGAACCAGAUCAUCUACGAGUUUCUAAUGGGAUUAUUGAGGACAUUGGUAACUUCCAUGUCUCUGUAUCUUUGGCAAAGCGAUUAAGGCUUCCAGGGCAUAGUCCUAGGUCUAUGACAGAGGAACUCUGUAAACAAUCCUGGCGAAUUGACAAAGAUGAAAUUAUGACAUCAUACGCAAUCAUGAGGUUCAAUCUUAUCCAACUCUUUUUGCAAAAUGAAAGUAGUACUUGUCUGAGGAAGAAGGUUGUGGAUCUUGAGAUGCCUAGAUUUGACAGUGGCUGCAUACUUAGUCAAGAUCCCGCCAUUUCAUAUGUCCAGUCAGAGAAAAGUUUAAAUGAUGAUCAAAGAAGAGCUAUACUCAAGAUACUCACAGCUAAGGAUUAUGCUCUUAUUCUUGGAAUGCCUGGGACAGGCAAAACUUCCACCAUGGUACAUGCUGUGAAGGCUUUGCUGCUAAGAGGUGCAUCCAUUUUGCUCACAUCCUACACAAAUUCGGCCGUUGACAAUUUAUUAAUCAAAUUGAAAGCUCAGGGCGUAGAUUUCAUAAGAAUCGGAAGGAACGAGGCGGUGCAUGAGGAAGUUCAAGAGAAUUGCAUAUCAGUAAUGAAUAUGAAUAGCACCCAGGAUAUUAAGGAAAGGCUAGAAAAGGUUAAUGUUGUUGCUGUUACUUGCUUGGGAAUAACGAGCCCUUUGCUAACUAACAAGAGGUUUGACAUAUGCAUCAUGGAUGAAGCAGGACAGAUAACACUUCCGGUAUCCUUGGGUCCACUCGCAUUUGCUUCAAGAUUUGUUCUCGUUGGGGAUCAUUAUCAAUUACCCCCACUCGUCCAGAGUCCAGAGGCUAAGGAGAAUGGAAUGAGUGUGAGCCUCUUCUGCAGGCUCUCAGAAGCACAUCCACAUGCGAUUGCAGCUUUGCAUUUCCAGUACCGGAUGUGCGCAGACAUAAUGGAACUCUCGAACGCCUUGAUAUAUGGAAAUAGAUUGCGUUGUGGUUCUACAGAAAUAGAGAAUGCAAAGCUCAAGUACAGGUCUUCAGCUUCUUCACCUGCGUGGCUGAUUAAGGUUCUGGAUCCAAACCAACCUGUUAUAUUUAUCAACACAGAUUUGUUGCCUGCAUAUGAGAGUAAUGACCGGAAAGCUCUAAACAACCCAAUCGAGGCACAUAUUAUUGCAGAGGCCGUUAAACUCCUGGUACUUAGAGGCAUUGAAGGGAAAGCUAUUGGCAUUAUUACUCCUUACAACGCUCAGGCUAAUCUCAUUCGAGAAGCUGCUCCUGAAGGUGUGGAGAUACAUACCAUAGACAAAUAUCAGGGAAGAGAUAAGGACUGCAUAUUGGUGUCCUUCGUGAAGUCCUCUGAAACCCCUAGGAACGGCACAUCUUCGCUUCUUGGAGACUGGCACAGAAUAAACGUAGCUCUUACACGUGCCAAGAAGAAGUUGAUCAUGGUGGGAUCAUGCCGAACUCUGUCGAAAGUGCCAUUGCUGAAACUCAUGAUUGAGAAGGUGGAAGAGCUUUGUGGAAUGGUGGUGGUUUCAAACAAGGAAAUCAAAUACCAGCCUGAGCUAAGGAGAUGCUCUCACCUCAUCUAACUUCUCUUCUCCUUUAUGUAAUUUGCUUGUUUUGGCAAUUUUGUAGAAUAUUUUUUAUGCCAAUAGAUCCCCCUUUCUUUGCCA